AUGCCCCAGCCGUCCCCCGCCAUCCCUGCACUCCCGGGCUACCAGCAAUACGCCCAGUCCCCCGCCUAUCGCCCCCAGCAGCAAGUCCAGCCCCUCCAACGCCCGGCCGGCCCGCCUCGCACGUCGUACAACUAUACCCAGCCACCCCGUGCUGCUGCUUCCCCGACGCCCUAUGCGCACGCCGCACCGAGCCAGCGUCCAGCGCCGGUAGCAGUAUACAACCACCCCUUCACCCACGCCCCUGGCCCUCUGCCCUUCUUCACCCCUCCCCCGGGCCAGAAAACGACUGAUCCAUCCUUGUCUACAGCCCCCACAUCCCAAGCGCUCUAUACGACAUAUUCGUCGCGUCUGCGGACAGGUGUCACAAACCUCGUCCAGCCAGAGCACACCACCGGCUCAUCCAAAGACCGCGAAGCCUUUUUGGCUGAUAUCGAGCGCCAGAUCAGCUCGGAUGUAGCGGACGGGAAAGGCUCGGGGGCGUCGACGCCGAGAUACGACUCCCCUGCGCCCUUUUCGUCGCGCCGGGGCGCAGCCUCUUACGGCGGUUCUUCGCGUCGAGCGCGUACUGUCAAUUACGCAGAGAAUAUCUCUGACGAUGAUGAUUUCGAGUCGCCCUCGGACGGUGAGGGUUCGGAUGAGGAUGUAGAGUAUAGGUCGCGCAGGAGGCGGACGACGGGCAGGAGGGAUUACGCGAGGGAUAAUCAGUCGACGAUGGGUGGGCAGGAAGCGAUGCAGAGCCAGAAAGUGUACAAGCUGAGGAGGAGGGCGGAGGAGAUGGAGAAUGGGUGGACGUGGCUUGGAGAUAGGACGCCUGGAGAUAGGGUUCGGAGCCAGACUGCUGCGCUUACUAAACACAUCUACCACACGGAAGAGCAGCUCGCCCAAGAGGCCGAACGCCCCGAACAUCUUUUACCCAUCACUAUCGACUUUGACGUCAAUGCCGCUGGUGACACCCCUGGCUUUAGGGUGCAUGACCGAUUCCUCUGGAACGUGAACGAGCCCUUCAUCACACCGCAUCAAUUCGCGGUCAUCUUUUGUGAAGAUCUGUCCAUCCCCGUGACGCCAUAUGCCAACACGAUCAGCGAUUUGAUCAAGUCGACGAUUGAAGAGUCGCAGAAUGUGGCGGGGAUUGAUGUGGGGGAUAAGGAUGUUGGGGAGGAUGAUGUGGUGUGGGAGGAGGAGAAGGCGGAAGAGGAAAAGGCCGCGGAAGAACAGGUUGCGAAAGACAAGAUUGCGGAAGAAAAGCAAGAUGGCGUGGAAGGAGACGAGGAAGAGCAGGAGGAGCAGGAGGAGGAAGAGCCUGAAGAGUCAAUAGAUAAAAAGUCUAGAGCUCGGGCUCGAAAGAGGAGACGCGUGGUGGAAGAAAAAGACGAUCGCGUAUGGCCAGAGGCUGAUUGUCGAGUCAUCUUGAAUCUCGAGGUGCAAAUCACCACCCACGUCCUCCGCGACCGUAUCGAAUGGGACCUCUCAUCUCCCCUCCCCCCCUCCCUCUUCGCCAAACAAUACUGCACCGACCUCGGCCUCUCUGGCGAAGCCAUCCCCGUCGUCGCGCACGCCCUCUACGCCGAAGUCCUCAAACACAAAAAAGACGCCCUCGACCUCGAACUGUUUGCUCACACCCACCCCUCCGAACAAGCUAAAUGGGAGCCCCUCAAGGGCGCUCAAGGGACUAGGGUUAAUUGGCGGUCGGGGGCAAAGAGGUUGGUGGGGGUGUGGAGGGAUUGGUGGGAGAGGGAAGAGUAUGGGCCGGUUUUGGUGGAGAUGACGACGGAGGAGAUGGUUAAGAGGGAUGAGGCGAGGAUGAAGGAUGCGCGGAGGAUUUGGAGGAGUGCGAAUAAGGAUGGGAGGAGAGCGGGGAGGAGAUAG